CAAUAUAAUUUUUUACUCUAUAGCUGGAGAUAUGUGGCCCCCUUUCAGAAGCUCGUCCGAUACCAAAUUAACUAUGUUUGUGACUGAUAUAUGCAGGUCAGUUACUUUAAAGUUUCAUGAAGAGACUCACGUUAAGGGCGUGCAAGCGUACAGCUACUUAGCUGAAAAAACUAUGUUAGGCAAUGAAGAAGACGACUCGUCCAACAACUGUUUCUGUUUAUCUGAUGCCACCACGUGUCUGCCUAGUGGCGGCCUCAAUCUUUCUUCUUGUCAGUUCAAUGCUCCUGCUGUAGUAACCUACCCACAUUUCCUGUAUGCGGAUCCUGCAUAUGCAGCUACCGUAACGGGUGUUAAAGCUGUACCAGAAGAACACCGAAUGUUCAUCGAUAUUCAGCCGGAAAUGGGAAUUCCCAUGAAUGUGGCAGCAAGAAUGCAGAUCAAUAUCGUUUUUGAACGUAUUGAGGGCAUAUCAUUCUUCGACAACAUCACGUCAAGAAUUUAUUUUCCAAUAUUCUGGUUUAGCGAGACUGCUCAGUUAGAUGAGUCAAUGGCUAAACAGCUCCAUCUGGUGACUCAUGGUCUACCGAUGUACACAACUAUUGGCUGCGUUAUUCUACUUGUAAGUGGUGUAAUACUUAUGACAAUUGGUUUUGUCAUUUUCUUGAGACAUCGGAAAAACAAGAGUAAUACAAAAGCCUAUAAACAAGUGCAAUCCUAGUGUAGGUCUUCAGUGAGGAUUUUAAGCGUCUCUCACACCGACUUCCAAAUUCUAGAACUACACUCGUUUACUGAAGUACCUUUAAUACAAUCGUGGAGAUUCACCGGGCCAAAAUGUGGCAGUGUAUUAGAUAAGCAAAUAUAAUUAGUUAAAUAUAAUUCAUUAAGACUAAAAGUCAUUUCUUUGUUCUAUCUUCUUAACAGUCAGUUUCAUUCUACAUCUCGUGAUUUUGUACUUUGUGAUCAAUGCAUAAUGUUUGACUGUUGUUUCAGUGACGAUCACAGCUUUUUUUGGUGUUUGUAAAAUACUUACAAUCACUUACUCCUUAUUUAAUACAUAUAACACGUAUAUCAACGAUAACAUGAUUUUAGAACGAUCAAUGUCCAUUUGGGUUUAAAAGUAAUAAAUAUAGUUAGACGAAUGCCAAAGGAUAUGAUAAAAUCUGGUUGAUGCCAAAUAGCUCAAAAUGUUAACACCAAAAUUGUAUUGAAAAUAAGACAUACGAUAAACUUUAUAUCUAUAAACUUAGAAACAUAAUUAAAACAUUGAUGGAGUUAGUAGAGUAGCGUGUACUGCAACCUUGUGUAAACGUGGGCAGUUAAAAAUUUCAAUAGUAGAAAUAAACGACUUUAUAAAACCAA